CCAGGUUCCCAGUUUUACUCCCUAAGUUAAGAAUUAGGGCUUAGCAAAUUUCUCCAAUGGCUACAUUUGGCGCUGCUUCUACGAACGUCAACCCUAACCGUUCCUCUGAGGUGGCGCAACCUCCUAGUGAUUCAGUAUCAAGCCUAUGUUUCAGUCCUAAAGCAAAUUUUCUGGUCGCUACUUCAUGGGAUAAUCAGGUAAGAUGUUGGGAAGUAAUGAAAUCAGGAAGCACAAUCAACACUGUUCCAAAGGCAUCAAUAUCUCACGACCAUCCGGUCUUGUGCUCGGCUUGGAAAGAUGAUGGCACAACAGUCUUUUCUGGAGGCUGUGACAAGCAAGUCAAGAUGUGGCCGCUGUUAUCUGGUGGUCAGCCGGUUACUGUUGCCAUGCAUGAUGCUCCUAUUAAAGAACUCGCUUGGAUCCCAGAAGUGAAUCUUCUAGCCACUGGCAGCUGGGAUAAAACAAUAAGGUAUUGGGACUUACGGCAGCAAAAUCCAGCUUUGAUGGUGCAGCUUCCUGAUCGCUGCUAUGCACUUUCAGUGAGACAUCCUCUUAUGGUUGUUGGAACCGCUGAUAGAAAUCUUAUAAUCUACAACCUUCAGAACCCUCAGACAGAAUACAAGAGAAUUGUAUCACCCCUCAAGUACCAGACCAGAUGUUUAGCUGCUUUCCCUGAUCAGCAAGGUUUCUUGGUUGGAUCAAUUGAAGGAAGAGUUGGUGUACAUCAUCUUGAUGAUAACCAAGCAAGUAAAAACUUCACUUUUAAAUGCCACAGGGAUUGCAAUGACAUUUACUCAGUCAACUCACUAAAUUUUCACCCUAUACACCAUACAUUUGCGACCUCUGGGUCUGAUGGAGCCUUUAACUUUUGGGACAAAGAUAGCAAGCAGAGGCUCAAGGCUAUGCUGAGGUGCAAUCAACCAAUACCUUGCAGUGCUUUCAACAAUGACGGAUCUAUCUUUGCAUAUUCGGUGUGUUAUGACUGGAGCAAAGGCGCUGAGAACCAUAAUCCAUCAACAGCGAAGACCUACAUAUACCUACAUCUUCCUCAGGACGCAGAAGUCAAAGCCAAACCACGUGUUGGAACUAGCGGCAGAAAGUGAAAGCAUACUUAAAAAGAACAUCUCAUUUCCGAUGGAUCAAAAUCAUAUAUUCUGUAUUAGGAGAUCAUGCAUUACUAGUCUUUGUCUUACCAUAACUGCUGAAUCAUACAUUAAUUUGCUUCUCUGAUGAUUAUAACUCCAUUAGUUGUUUUGUUUGAUCUACUUUGAUGAUAGUCCACAAGAUAUAGUUUCAUCUUUGAGGUUGUAAAGCGGAAAAGGCAUUUGUUGGAAGUUGAGGUUACCAAAGAGUUGGGUGUGGAAAAAAAAAAAAAAUUCAUAAGACGGAGGAAUUGUCCUUGUUUGGAUUUGUUUUGGGUUAUAUGGAGUUCAGGGGUUUUGUUCAGAUUCAGAAGAGCUUGCACUCUGGAUUUCCGUUGAACUUGUCACUAUCUUCUCCUUAAUGAAUUUAAUGUAAUUCCAAGCAUUGUAGUGUAAAGGCACAUUUGCAUACCCAGAUAAAUGAUAAUAUUGGACUUCUCAAUAAAAAAU